UUGAGAGAAAAACAGAGAGAGGGAGCGGUCGUGGAUAUUGGAAAGGCCAUACAUUCCCAAAUAGCUUCGUGGCCUUAUCAUUUUCUCAUUCUUCGUUUCUCCUUCCUCGUUUUCCCUCAUAAACCCUCCCUUCUCUCUCAGAACUUUUAACAAACACCUGGAGACCCUGGAGCUCAUAUUCCCAAUAUGGCUUCUUUGAUUGGAGUUUCUUCCAUAUACCAAACUCCCUCUACAACUCUCGAACUACACAAACGACCACCGCUUACUACUUCUUCUUCUUCUUCCUCUCUUUCCUUGCAAUGCUUGGACAGCAAGUCCCACUUCAACAACGUUCUCAGAGCACACCUUUCUACUAACAAUGGCAAGGGAGGUUUUAAGCCCACUGUUAGUUUUGUUACUUCUGCCAUUGCCACUCCAAAUUCUUCGGUCCUCAGCGAAGAAGCAUUCAAGGGGAUAGGCAGCGGUGAUGGCUUCCCCGACGACGAUGACUUUGCCGGCUUUGGCUCUGAAACCGACGAGGGAUCUUCUGCUGUUAGCUCUGAAGAACUCGACGUUUCCAAGCUUGGCCUUCCUUCGCGCCUCGUUGAUACCCUCCACAAGCGUGGGAUUUCGCAUCUUUUCCCCAUUCAGAGAGCGGUGUUGGUACCGGCAUUGGAAGGUAGGGAUAUCAUUGCUCGGGCAAAGACUGGGACUGGCAAGACACUAGCAUUUGGGAUUCCCAUUAUUAAAGGCCUUACUGAAGAUGAACAUUCAAGUUCUCUCAGGCGGUCUGGUCGUCUCCCCAGAGUGUUGGUUCUUGCUCCUACCAGGGAGCUAGCGAAGCAAGUAGAGAAGGAGAUAAAGGAAUCUGCACCUUAUCUGAGCACAGUUUGUGUUUAUGGGGGUGUUUCCUAUGUUACUCAACAAAGUGCGCUUUCACGUGGAGUUGAUGUAGUUGUUGGGACGCCUGGUAGAAUAAUUGACCUAAUCAAUGGGAACAGCCUUAGACUGAAUGAAGUUCAGUACCUGGUCCUCGAUGAAGCGGAUCAGAUGCUUGCUGUUGGGUUUGAGGAGGAUGUGGAAGUAAUAUUGGAAAAGCUCCCAUCAGAGAGGCAGAGCAUGCUUUUUUCUGCAACUAUGCCAAGUUGGGUAAAGAAAUUGGCUCGAAAGUAUUUGGACAAUCCAUUGACAAUAGAUCUGGUUGGCGAUGAGGAAGAAAAGCUCGCAGAAGGGAUAAAACUUUUUGCUAUAUCAGCAACUGCCACUUCAAAGCGAACAAUUCUUUCCGAUCUUAUAAGUGUUUAUGCUAAGGGUGGGAAGACUAUAGUUUUUACGCAGACAAAAAGAGAUGCUGAUGAAGUAUCAUUGGCAUUAACAAAUAGUAUAAUGUCUGAAGCAUUACAUGGUGAUAUAUCUCAGCAUCAAAGAGAGAGAACAUUGAAUGGUUUUCGACAAGGAAAAUUUACAGUUCUUGUUGCCACUGAUGUUGCAGCCCGUGGACUUGAUAUUCCUAAUGUUGAUUUGAUUAUUCAUUAUGAGCUUCCCAAUGAUCCGGAGACUUUUGUGCAUCGCUCUGGUCGUACUGGGCGUGCAGGGAAACAAGGUACUGCCAUUCUUAUGUACACCAGUAGCCAGAGGAGAACAGUUAGAUCUCUAGAGCGUGAUGUAGGCUGCAAAUUUGAAUUCAUCAGUCCACCCGGUAUACAAGAGAUUUUGGAGGCAUCUGCUGAGCAAGUUGUUGCCACGCUCAAUAGGGUUCAUCCCGAGUCUGUUGAGUUUUUUACACCAACUGCACAAAAAUUGAUUGAAGAACAGGGAACAAGUGCCCUUGCAGCUGCACUAGCACAAAUGAGUGGAUUCUCUCGUCCUCCAUCGUCCCGAUCUUUAAUCAACCAUGAACAGGGAUGGGUUACAUUGCAGUUGAUCCGAGAUUCAGAUAGUAGAAGAUACUUCUCUGCAAGAUCAGUCACUGGGUUUCUGGCUGAGGUUUAUUCUCCAGCUGCUGAUGAAGUUGGAAAAAUACAUUUAAUUGCAGAUGAAAGGGUUCAAGGGGCUGUUUUCGAUCUUCCAGAGGAAAUUGCUAAAGAGUUACUUAACAGGGAGAUACCACCUGGAAACACUAUAACCAAGGUUACCAAGUUGCCUGCCUUGCAAGAUGAUGGGCCACCAGGUGAUUUCUAUGGGAAGUUCUCUGACAGAGAUCGUAGUAGCCGAAGAGGUUCAGGUUCUGGUUCUGGUUCUAGGGAUCGGAGAGGCGGUUUUAGAAGCUCACGGGGAUAUGGAGGCCGAGACUCUGAUGAUGAUUUUGGUGAUUCAUAUAGGAGAGGCAGUAGAAGUAAUAAUAAAACUGGCAGUAGCUGGUCUCGAGCUGGAAGAUUCAGUGGUGAUGAUUGGCCAAUUGGCGGUAGACGAUCAUCAGGCAGAUCUUCAUCGUCAGACAGAGGUGGUUUUGGAGGGUCCUGUUUUAAUUGUGGGGAGUCUGGGCAUCGAGCAUCAGAUUGUCCAAACAAGCGCAGCUUCUUUUAGGUUCUUCACGUCAUUUAUUUUUGGUCUACUCUCCUGGGUGGGGGCUCUGUGUUUCUGGCCCUUCUUUUCACCCUGAUGAAAAAUUUAUCACUCAUUUGUUUUGGGGUUUUGGGCAGUGGUAUAUUAACUAGAACAGUUAACUAUAUGGUUUUGUUUCUGUUUUUUUCCCUUUUUUUUUUUAAAAUCUGGGUGAUGUAUGGUCCUGUAUUGUUACUUUGUUAGCCACUUUUAGACUUUAGUAUGUGUUUGAACCUUAAUAGUAUACACAGAGAUAAAAAUAUCUGAAAAAGGUUUUUACUCGGAA